UUUUUUUUAAUAAAUUUUGCAGCUUGAUGGACAGGCUCAUGAUUCCAUUAAUCUAACUGUCAAAUAUUUAUUACUGUAAUAAAAUUCUGUUGUAAGUUGUAGUAUUAUUCGGUAAUUUAUUUCAUGUACUUACUGUGUUGAAAUUGAAGUAUCUAUUAAUUAUAUGAGGUAACUUAUUAAUGUUAAUUGAUGGAAUGCAUGGGUAACAGUAGGAUAGGGUAAAUGUAAGAAAUUAUAAUAAAAGGUUAAGGAGAAUCUUGGUAAACAUGGUCCAUUGUACGGAAUUCCAAGCAGUUGUUCUAGCUGGAGGUAAAGGCUCACGUAUGACAGAGCUUACAGCUGGACGACCUAAAUGUCUUCUACCUAUUGGCAAUAUGCCUAUGAUUUUCUAUCCUUUACGUCUUCUUGAACGUUCUGGAUUUCAUGAAGCAAUAGUUGUGGUAUCUGAAUCAGCAAAGUAUGAUGUGGCUGCAGCAGUUGACAAAUUGGAUCUUGAAAUAAAAUUGGAUUUUGUUGGCAUUCCUGGUGGUGAAGAUUUGGGCACAGCAGAUUCUAUCAGGCUAAUUAAUGAAAAAAUCCAUGUGGACUUUGUGGUAAUCUCUUGUGAUUUGAUUACUGAAAUUGAUAUUGCGGAUAUUCUUAAUUCCUAUCGGAAACAUAAUGCUAGCAUAACAGCUCUAAUCGUACCUGCUCCAAAAGUACCAGAUGAUUUUGUAACUCCAGGACCAAAGAGUAAACAAAAACCAGAAACAGAUCUAAUUGGUAUUGAUAAUGAAACUGGACGGUUAGUAUUUCUAGCAUCUGCAUCUGAUUUUGAAGAGACUAUCAAUUUAUCAAGAAAACUCCUUAAAAAGCAUACCAGCUUCACUAUCCAUUCAAAAUGGAUGGAUGCACAUCUGUAUGUUAUUAAUAAAUGGGUUUUAGACUUCUUGGUUUUUAACAAGAGUUUUAGUACACUAAAGGGUGAGUUAUUGCCUUAUAUAGUUGCUAAACAGCUGUCUCGACCACCUAGGCAAUCCGCAGAUGACAAAAAUACUUCAAUCGUACGACUAGACACUAAAGAAGACAUUUACCGAUUCGCUGUUGAAAAACCGCUGGAUACAUUAAUAAGAAAAAUGUCUGCCUUUAAUGACCACAAUACGGAUCUUGAGGAAGCGUAUCAUGGGGAUGUGAUACGUUGCUAUGCUCACAUAGUGACAGGAAAGUUUGGUUUAAGAACCAAUACCAUCCAAAUGUAUGCUUUAGCCAAUAGUGACCUAUCAAGAUCUACAAAUUCAGAAUGGUGGAAUACGCUAACCGAAGGCAAGAUUUCAGUACCUGAAAUAUCUGCUAGUGCAACAGUAAAAAGUACUCAAGUAGAAAACUGUCGAAUCGAUGAGAAUGCAUUUAUAGAUGAAAAAACCUCAGUAAAACAAAAUCAUAUUGGACCCAAUGUUGUCAUUGAACCAAAGACAAGAAUAUCACAAAGUGUUAUAAUGGGAAAUGUAACGAUAAAGCAAAGAUGUGUGAUUACAAAUUGCAUCCUAUGCAAUGGUUGUGUCAUUCAAGAGGGAUCUGAAAUAAAGGACUGUCUUGUAGGAGCACAACAUAUUGUGGUAGCUGACAGUCGUCACUGUCGUGAAGUUCUAACCGAUGUGGAUAGGCUUAUGGAAAUUUAAUUGUAUUUAAAAUGUGAACAAAUUUAUAAUAUAAAAUUGUAUAUGAGAUACACUUUUAAUCGUUUAAUUUUAUACCCACUAUCAAGUUCAACUAUGAAAGAUUUUCAAUUUUAUACAAAUGUUACGAAAGUUGAGCACCGUUUCUUAUUAACUUUUUCAUGGAAUGUUUUUCGAGGCUCUGGGAGCAAUUUCCGGUCUACAGCGGCCAUAUUGGAAUGUGCGCCGGGUGUCAUUUUGCAACGCGCUAGUUCAUCUCUUUUGAAGUGAUCCUUCGUAUAAAAUGACGAAGGGUACAUCAAGCUUUGGUAAGCGGCGUAAUAAGACCCACACGCUGUGUAGGCGAUGUGGCCGCAGCUCAUACCAUAUCCAAAAGUCACAAUGUGCUCAAUGUGGCUAUCCU